GAGAGACGAGGCGGUGAUGCGAGGUCCCCACUCUUUCCUUCUUGUACAAAAUUUCCUCUUCCUUCCCGUUCGUGGUUGUAUGUCGGCUGUUUAAUAACACAAGAAACCACUACAUCUUUUAGACUCAGAUAAAAACUAAAUGGUGUCCAGAACCUCUUUAGAAUGGGAACGUUGAUUUUCUUGUUUCCAUUCGUUUUACUUGAGUUACUUUUCGGGUUAAAUUGGAAUCAGUGAAUUAAUUUGACAGACAAGUUAUAUACUUGUAGUUAUUAAGUCUGCAACGCGUCGAGAAUAGCAAUUUUAUAAAGAACGAAAUGAUAUUACUUAUCAUUAAGCUGUCGCUUUGUGAAACUCAAAGGCGCACCCGAAGCAGGUGGCUCCCGCGCAAUACAACUUGUGCUAAGGAGAUUACUUCCAAAAGACUGGAGGAUCUUAUUCUGCGAUAUGACGGGAAGCGCUUUCUGUGGUAAGUGAGGACCAGUCCGUUUUUGAAUCAUCCUACGGGCCCCCAGCAAUGCACAUGAAAGAGGAGAUGACGUCAUCCAGGGUGUUUAGUCAAACCUCCAAGGAGAGCCCUGAGCCCACAGAGCCGGAGUGGAACCCUGCCAAGACUGAAGCAGAGCAUAUUAAUGGCUCCAGCCGAGAGUCCCCUGUGGACUGCAGCCUUACCAAACGAUCCCGGCACAUAAGCGGCAGCGAGGCCGGACAGCUGGCCUACCAGGCUGCAUUCUCGGAGACCCGCACCAGUCCCCAGACAACCGCUGCUCAUAACAGCACCACUGAUGAAAAGAGGGUCAUUGUGCCGGCAGACCCUGAGGUGUGGAUGCAGGACCACGUGAGGCAGUGGCUGGAGUGGGCAAUUAAAGAGUACUGCCUAGUGGACGUCGACGUGUCUCUCUUCCACUCGGUGGAUGGAAAGGCUCUCUGCAAAAUGACCAAAGACGACCUGAUGCACCUCACCUCAGAGUUUAACACCGACAUCCUCCUCUCACACCUCAACUACCUCCGUGAGAGUAGCCCCACCUUCUCCUGUACCACAACAUCAACCAACACACAGCAGCAGCCCCGCCUACAGGUCAAAGCAGAGAACAACUUUGAGGAAAUCAGCAGGAGGAACAGCUGGUCAGCCACACCUUUAUCCACUGUACAGAAAGGUUCCCCAAUAGAACACCAGCACAGCAGCAGAGUGACAGAGACCCAACCUCGACACAUAACAGAUCCUUACCAAGCACUUGGGCCCAUCAGCAGUCGUUUAUCAAACCCAGAAUCCCCAGCACUCCACUCCAAGAGCCAUCAAGUUAAACAUAAUUCACACAAGCUGUCUGACACUGGCACACACAGGAUUGUGGGUUCUGGGCAAAUCCAGCUAUGGCAGUUCCUUCUGGAGCUUUUGUCAGACAACAACAAUGCAAACAUCAUCACCUGGGAAGGCUCUAACGGCGAGUUCAAGAUGACAGACCCAGACGAGGUGGCGCGGCGCUGGGGUGAGCGCAAGAGCAAGCCCAACAUGAACUAUGACAAGCUGAGCCGUGCCUUGCGCUACUACUAUGACAAGAACAUCAUGACCAAGGUGCACGGCAAGCGAUAUGCUUACAAGUUUGACUUCCACGGCAUUUCUCAGGCACACCACAACCACGCUAAUGACAGCAACGUCCUCAAGUACCAGCCGGAAACAGCCUACAUGCAGCCCUACCACAGCCACCAGCCUAAGAUGAACUUCAUGACCUCCCACCCCUCUCCUCUGCCAGUCUCCUCUGGGAACUUUUUUGGCCCCUCCUCCACAUACUGGAACACAGUGUCCAAUCCCAUCUACCCUGCCUCCACAAUGCCCCGACACCCAGGAAGCCAUUCCCACUUGGGGUCAUACUACUGAAGGUACAUAUCCUGGCUGGUCUCAGAGUUCGUUCUCUACCACCCCUGAUGUAUCUCUCACUUCCUUUUCUGGGUGGGGAUAUCUAAUCACGUGGUGCCAAUAUACAGGUCAUUGUAUUUUUACUGUCCUUGAUGUAGGAGACUAUGGAAUAUGUAGCUAUUGAUGUUUGGUUUCAUAAGUUGGCGCACUCUAGGGCAGAAAUGGACUGCUAGUCUGCUUUCACUGCAGGGAUUCUUUCAAAAAACCCACUCUUCAGUGGGUAAAAAUGCUGCAUAUUUUGGGGCCUUUCAAAUAAAUAUAUAACUGUGUGCUAUUAUUAUACAUUUCAAACAAAGCUUGUAUACUUACUGGCAAUGUUUGAGUUUAGGCCAAAAGCCAUGCUGUGCAUUUCAUAAUAAAGGUGUUUUAAUGGACAUUUCAUGGACCAUAACUCUCCAAACCACAUACCAAACCUUCAUACUAAAACGGUAUGAAGUUUGGAGAGUGGCUGGAAAAAACCACGUAACUAGCCUAAGUAAUUGUGAGUCUUGUGCAACCUUUUCAAACCAUACAGUAUAGCGCCCUUCUGAGCACUGUACAUCAUAUUACAAAAAAGUACAAUAUGUUAAUGGAGGGCUCUCUGCACCCUUGAUACAGUAUUUCAGAUGGGGUGGUGACGGUUAAAUUAAUUUUAAUUCUAAGUACACGCUGCUGAAUAUACACAAAAUUAACGUAAAUGCCCUGAUUUUCAAAAAGUGUUACGUAAGCUAUAUACACUGGCUCCUGUGGACUGCUGACAGGCAAUGCAUUAUAUUAUAGGUGUCAUAUUGAACAUAAAAGGACAUGGAAAGUCUUCAGUUACUUAACCAGGCUUGUAGUUUGGUCAAUUUUACAUUAAUAUGCAGUAAUAGUAUUUAACUGUCCAUCAAAGUGACAUAUUUCAUGACCCUCCACCCCUCAAUAAAAAUUUCAGAAUAAGGUUUUUACUUUGAUAAGGAUGUUCUCACUAUGUGUCAUACUAAACACAUAGAAAAUUUCACAUUCAUUUUUAAUAAAUAUUUUUACCAUCUGAAAAAUGUCUGAAUGACAGAAGUACCUUCUGAAACAGUUACAAAUGCUUAAUGUUAGGACUCUACAUUGUUAGGUGUCUACAUGUAAUCUCUGCAAUGUAGCAUAUUUUCUACAGUAAUGCAUAACGCUUGUACAUUUUGAAUUCAUUACAUUUUUAUUUUGGCUGUAUAACUAAUUGUGUAUAUUUAAUAAAAUGUUUAAACAAAA